AAGCUCCCCAGCCUCAUCCUUUUUGAACUGUGUGCCUUCUGCUAUCUAUAGUCGUGAUGCCAUUAUGGCGCUGCCCACCGGCGGUCUGUUGGAUUCUGGAGGCGUUAGUAUGAGAGAGAAGUUGGAAGGAAUUCCAAUGGAAUAUUCAACGACUGUCAAUCGCUGUCUGCGGUGUUUUAUGCUAUUCGAACCGGCCGACCGCCUCCUUCGUAGCUCACAUCAGACAUUUCUGUGAAGCUGAAUAAUGACUUCAACUGAGAACCCGGGAUCAAAUUCUGAUGCCCAGACCCUGGCUGACUUCCUGAAGAGAACGCAUCGAGAUCUUAGGAAUAGAUGCCGUCUGGAAGAUCCAGAAGUGGCCUGGGAAGAGCAUCGCAAGAAUGAGGAGAUCCUGAAGAAGUAUGCAGAGAGCAUGGAACAACUGGCUACAAAGCAUUGGGAUGAGAAAUUUCAAGAAGAUCCAGAACAAUCAAGGUUGAGGUGGUGCAAGGAGACAACCUUGGACUUCUUUUACCAGGGGGGAAUCUGCAAAGCCAAGGAGAUAGAUGAUAAGAAGUGUCAGAAACAUGGGCUGAAACCUGGAGCUGAGAAUUUCUACAGGUUUCCAGAUGUCAAGGUACGUCUCCUGGAUGUGGGAAGUUGCUUCAAUCCAUUUUCUGAAGUAGAGCAGUUUCAAACAUGGGCAAUUGACAUUGCUCCAGCCAAAGAGAGUGUCUACAUGUGUGACUUCCUGAGGGUGGACCUAUCAGCUGAAUCUGUUCCAGACAUCUCAGGGAGAGAAAUAAAGGCAUUUCCUAGAGCCUUCUUCCAUGUGGUAGUAUUCUCCCUAUUUUUAGAAUACCUCCCUGUACCUCUGAUGAGGUACACAAGUUGCCAGAAGGCUUUUGACCUGCUUCAGACCAAUGGACUUCUUAUCAUUGUAACUCCAGACUCAAAACGCAGAGGAAGAAAUGAUCAAAUGGUGAAAUCAUGGAAAAUUGCAUUGCAAAGGAUGGGAUUCCUGCGCUACAGUUUGCAGAGGCGUCGGCAUAUUCAUUGUAUGGCCUUUCGAAAGCUCCCCGUUCCACAGGUGGCAUGGCUUGAGGCUGACCGUGACUGGAAACAAUAUCAUAAAGAACCACUCACACCUGAAGUGCUGCCUUCCCUGCUUUUCAUUCCCCAAGACUCAAAUGCAGAGCUCAAUGAAUCAUCUCAUGAAGUCUCUAAGGGUGAUUUGCAUUUUGGACCUGAUGACUUGAGAGAUAAUUUCAAAGAGCUUCCAUUUUUCUCUGAUUGA